AUGGCCCCCUCUACUCCCACUCCCAGCCCUUUCGCCGCCAUGAGGAACUUUGGUGGUAUGGUGUCAUCUGCUCUUUCUUUCGGCGACAGAUCUCGCCAAGUCUCCUCCCUCGGCCUCGGCACUCUCUCUCUGGGGGAGCCGUCUGGCGCUGCCUCGCCUCCUCGCUCCGCCUCUCCUCCUGCUGGUUCUCCCUCCCCCGUGUCUGGUUCUCGCGUCCCCGUAACGGGUUCUCCUGGAGGGCCUCCUCCUGCCGCCACUCCUCGCCGUAGGACGCCCGCCUUUCGUCCUGAUCGGGAGGGUAGGAUCGAUAGUGAGGGUGAAGACGAGUUAGAAGAAUACCCGGAUGAUGAUGUGGAGGUGUUUAGUGUAGAGGACAACAAUGUAGAUAGUCCUGAGUCCGUUCCUGCCCCUCCCCCUGCUCAAAUUGUGGGCCAGAAACGACGCCGUUCCCUCUCCUCUUCUUCUUGUUCCUCCUCCUCUUCCUCUUCCGGGGUUCUCCCCCCCGCCAACGCCAUCGCCGCUGCCGCCGCCGCCGUCGCUGCUCCCCCCCUUCUCCCAGAGGGGAGCCUUCGCCCAAACGGCCUGGUCGUUGGGUCGCGGUUGGUGUUGACGAAGCGUGUGAUCGUUGCCGCCUCCCGUCGCCCUUCGGCCCCUCGUCCCUCGGUCUCUCGUCCUUCGGCCCCUCGUCCGUCCUCUCCCGUGGUGCCUUCUCCUCCGGCCCACGGCACCCGAAGUCGUUGUCCCUCUGCUCCUCCGGCCACCCCAGUGGCCGCCCCUGUCACCGCGUCCCCCGCUUCCAAGAAGACUCCAAAGUCUUCUCUAAAGAAAUCAAAAGGGAAAAGGGUGGAGAAAGAGGUCGUCUUUGAAGCUGGUGAUGUGGAAGAUGAAGCUACUCAGCGUGCUGGGCCCUCUGUUCCUCGGUUGUCCUUCGUCCACCCUCGCAUCUCCCUGGACCCUCGUAUCCCGGAGGACGAAAAAGAAUUUGCUACGUAUCGUUCUCUCGUUCUCGGCCUCACCACUCAGCUUGACGUCGCUCGACGUGAUACAUCUCUCUUGCUUGACUUCUCCACUCGUCAAGCCAACGCCUUGAAUAACCUUACUGCGGCGUUAGUAGAUGUAGUCAACGGUGGGAAUCUGAACGAGGAAGCAAGGACGAGGUGGGGAACAAUAGAUGAAGGGCUCAGGGGUUCAGGGGUAGGUGUUUCAUGUGUGGGAGUGUAA